AUGCUUAAAGAAACUCGAAGUAAUACUUCAUUUGAAGUUAUGAAUACAACAUCCAAUUUCAGUGUUGCCCACCAUUCUCGUUUACCAUGUCUAAAAUUACCAAAAUUUGACGGAAAAUACGUCAACUACAAUCGAUUUAUCUCUGCAAUUAAGCAUUUGGUGCACAAUGACCCAACCUUAUCUGAUGUUGAUAAAUUCAAUUAUUUAUUAACACUAGCAGUUAUCGAAGCUUUUCAAAUUACAGCAGAAAAUUAUUCAAGGGCUAUGGCACGAUUGAAAGAACAUUUUGAUAAUAAGAUAUUAAUGUUUUUAGAUCACAUUAUUAAACUCUUUAAUGUUCCAGGAAUGACUAAAGCUGAUCCGGCUCCUCUACGUAAAUUAAUUGAUACAAUUGCAGCAUUAAAAUCAUCAUUGCUUUCAUUGGACUCAGAAGUAGAAGUUAUGAAUGCUAUUAUAAUUAAUAUAGUCUUAAGUAAAGUUGAUGCGGAAACAAAAUUGGCACAUGACGAAAAGCAAGAAUUUAAAAAAAUGCCUUCUUGGGAUGAAUUUUAUAAGAUGUUAAGUCGGCGUUGUUAA